UCAGCCGUACCGCACUGACGUGACGACGGUCAUCUCUCGGCAUUAACCUCAGUUCACGCGUUCGCGUCUACAAAAACAACAACAAAAUAAUUUCAUAUUACAAUAAUUUAUUAUUGUUAAUACUGUCGCCGAUCGUGAACAGCAAAAGUCCGUUCACCCAUUGACCGUAAAUUGUAUACCUAUCUGUUUUUAACUUCGUGUUUGAACCCGUCCGUUUACCACGCGCGACGAAUAUUGUCUAUAACUCCUUGGCCGUUGGUCAUGCCGUCGUGAAGAAUUUUUUAUUCCUCUCGCAUCGUUUUUCCCKUUCGCCAAAUAGCAUCCUCGCUCACCAAUUUCCCUGGCAAAGUGUAAUUGGAGUACCUAAUCACUCUCUUGUCCGCCAUGCCGCUGUUUGGCAAAAAAGACGUGUCGAAGAAGACGAAGAAGGACGCGGAAAAGUCGCAGUCCAUCGAAGACAAGUACGACGUCAAAGACCUGCUUGGCACGGGUGCUUUUUCCGAAGUCCGAUUGGCUGUGAGCAAGGAACGUCCUAGCGAAAUGUAUGCCGUGAAGAUAAUCGACAAAAAAGCAUUGAAGGGCAAAGAGGACUCUCUGGACAACGAAAUCAAAGUGUUGCGAAGGUUCAGUAAGUCGGUGAAAAGGAGUGAUCAUUCGGGGACCGACGAUAAGAACGAGGGUCAAUGGCUCACUCAUCCGAACAUCGUGCAAUUGCUGGAAACGUUUGAAGACAAAUCGAAGGUGUAUCUGAUCAUGGAACUGGUGACUGGAGGAGAGUUGUUCGACCGCAUCGUGCAGAAGGGUUCGUACACCGAAAAGGAUGCAGCCCAUUUAAUCCGACAAGUGCUGGGAGCUGUGGAUUACAUGCACGAACAGGGUGUCGUGCACAGAGAUCUUAAGCCGGAAAACUUAUUGUACUACAGCACAGACGAUGACAGCAAAAUCAUGAUAAGUGAUUUUGGAUUGUCCAAGAUAGAAGAUUCUGGUGUGAUGGCGACAGCUUGUGGAACUCCCGGAUAUGUCGCUCCGGAAGUGUUGGCUCAGAAGCCGUACGGGAAAGCAGUGGACGUCUGGAGCAUCGGUGUGAUUUCAUACAUAUUGCUGUGCGGAUAUCCGCCAUUUUACGAUGAAAACGACGCGAAUCUCUUCGCUCAAAUUUUAAAAGGUGAAUUUGAAUUUGAUUCUCCUUACUGGGACGAUAUAAGCGAUUCGGCGAAAAAUUUCAUAAGGCAACUGAUGUGUGUUGACGCAGACAAACGUUACACGUGCCGUGAAGCACUGGCUCAUCCAUGGAUAUCUGGUAACGCGGCCAGCAGCAAGAACAUUCACGGAACCGUUUCGGCACAGCUCAAAAAGAACUUCGCCAAAUCCAGAUGGAAGCAAGCAUACCACGCGACAACGGUGGUGAGACAGAUGAAAAAAAUGGCCUUGAACAGCGGAGCAGGAAUUAGCCAGGAUGCGAGAAUGGACAACCAGGACUAUUUGGUCAAUGGGAUGACCGAAUCCAACAGACUCUAAGAAUUUCUCGUUUUACUUUCAUAUUAUAUAAUUAAUAUUAUCAUAAUUAUUAUUAUUAUUACUCUUCUAAUUUUUAAAUAUCAUUAUUUUAUAUUUUUUUUUUUUUUUGUUAACGAGAAUAAUUCUACACAUAUCUCUUAUAUAUCGAUAAAAUAUAAACUCUUUACUCAGUAACCAGUCACCUAAGCAAAUUAAUUUAUACGAAUGUAUUAAAUCAUAAAAGCGACUAUAAUAUACAAUAGAUAUAUA